AUGGCUCGGUAUUGCAUCGAUUUUUUACGGUUAAGCAAACAAGCACGGUGGCGAAAUAUCGAGCUUGUUUCGAGUUGGUUGCGAGCUUCAAUCGGGAGGCUGGAUGAAGAAACCAUGACAUCAAUGUUCAUCGAUGGCUUAGAUGAACGAAUAAGAGCCGAGCUCUUCAUGCUAAACCCCACGAGCCUAAAAGAAACAAUGCGGACCACAACCCGCAUUGAAAGGAAGAAUCAAAUCAUUGGCCCAUUACCCAAGCCCAAAGAGCCCCCUUUAAUCCGCAUAAAACCCGAAAACAAAACCAUCUCUUGGACCCCUACUAAACAAACUUACCUCACCUAUCCGAACACUAUCAACCACCAUCAAUUUUCGUAA